AUGCCGUCGGUGCCCGUGCCGCUUGAUGUUCUUUGUAAUUGCCUGGCUUUCAGCUCGCUCAGCGACCGUCUGCGCUGCGCGGUGACAUCUCGACGCUGGCAGGAGGCUGUCUUGGAGCCUUGUUUAUGGGCGAAUCUGGCCCCCGAGCCAGAAGACCUGCUCUUUCUGAGCUGUCUUCUGGAGAGGUUCGGAGCAAGCGUGCGAUGCUUGAGAAUAGCAGGACAUGGGCCAAAUCGACUGGGUUCCAAUUCAUUAUCCUUUCCGCAGCUGGCAAAAUGUAUCAAUCUAGAGAAGCUAUCUCUUAGUGGUUUUCGAGGACGUGAUCUUGAGAAUUUUUGUCAAUCAAAAUGUCAGAUGCCUGCUUUGCGUUCUUUGGUGAUCGAGUGCGACCCGUAUUUCAACUUGGGAAGCUUCUCGCACAAUACUGGAGCUCACAUGGCAUCCCUGCCCAUUUCGUGGUUGGCCUGCUUUCCCAACUUGGAGAGGUUGGUGUGUGAUUAUUUGAAAGUGGAGGCCUCGGACGUCGAAGCAGAGGCCUGCGACGAGACCACGGAUUCCGAGGAUGAGGUUGUGUGGUUGGAUCGAAAUGUCGAGCUGGACGCCCCUGAGACCACAACGAGAAGAGCCGCGGGCAGCACGGCAAAUAGUGCUGCAAACAGCGCCGGGAGCACAGCAAGCAUCCAAGGGGACGGUGAGGUUGUUGUGGAGGCUGCAGAGGAUGCAGGCGGGGCUUCAGAUGGUGCCUCCACUUCUCGCGGACGGCUGCCGGUGGUGCCCCUGGAAUUACCGCUCGCGGCUCUGUCCCCACGUGGCCCCCAGCCGGGCUCGCAGUCUGCCGGGCAGCCCGGGCAAUCCGGGCAGCCCGGGCAGUCGGGGCGGAGCUCGUGCUCUGCAGAGGAGCUGGCACCGCUCCAAAAGUUGCGCGACCUGAGCUUUGUUGCCGUCGUGAGGGGCAGCGGAUCCACAUGGCAUUCUGCGCACUGUCGAUGCGAUCUUUCCGUGCUUGCUCGUUUGGCACCAGGCUUACAGCGACUCUACGUCCGAAGUCCUAACAUUGCCUUGGGGCGGAUGAGCAGACGGCCCGGGCAGCGCAUCGAGGGUCUGAUCCGUGUCUCGAGGCACUUCUGCAGCACUGGGCUGCGAGAUCUUCUGGCUGUGGGCUACCUGCUCCCGUCUCUCCGCUACUUGAAGGUGGAGGUGGCAAAGGAUGACACCGGUAAUUCAUGGGAUUCCUCGGGUUCCCUCUUGACAGUUCCAGCUUCCUCUAAACCUUUGCAUGCAUCGCAUCUGGCUUUGCUGCUGGCGGUGCACGAUCGGCCUUUCUUCCUUUCCGUAGGUACUUCAGACGCUCUAGCAGCCAAGCUCCGCCGUGCAAGCAGUGCCACGGCCAGCCCAGCAGCUGUCUCCAUAUUUCAGAAUUUCGCCGUGGCAGAACAACAUCUGCCUUUGUUGCAGUGUUUGCAGAGGUUUCAAGAGCCGAAGGACCAAAAAGAGUCCAAGGACUUACAACUGCAGGAAUUCGAAGUAGAUAUUGUUGAAGCAGCGUGA